AUGUAUUUGUAUCCAUCUGUGUCUCUCUCUCUUCCUGCAGUUUGUCCUGGAACGGAGAACAAGUUGAGCACGUUGUCAGACCUGGACCAGCAGUACCGCACCCUGAAGAAGCAUUAUGAGAACUGUGAGGUGGUCAUGGGAAACCUGGAGAUCACCAGCAUCGACCGGAACCGCAACCUCUCCUUCCUCAAGUCUAUCCGAGAGGUGACAGGCUAUGUGCUGGUAGCUCUGAACCAGUUUGACUCCCUGCCCCUGGAGAACCUUCGCAUCGUGCGGGGCACCAAGCUUUACGAGGGACGCUACGCCCUGGCCAUCUUCCUCAACUACCGCCGCGACGGCUUCUACGGCCUAAGACAGCUGGGCCUUCGCAACCUCACAGCAAGUGACCUCAUCACACAUAGUGACAAACUGCUUUCCAAGGAAACAUCAAGCGAGGGGAAAGGGGGGUUCUGA